AUGACUAUUCUAAUAUCACCACUUUCUCAAGUUGCCUAUAAUCUUUGUUUUAAAAAGAAUUUUAAAAAUGAAUGUGGUUUUCUGAUUCACCAAACUCGACCACAGAAGUCUUUUAAAAAUAAACAAGAACUUAUUCACUAUGAACAAAUAAUGCAUAGUUCUUAUAAUUGUCUACAAGAUAGGAUUAUUAUAUUAUCACAAGAUACCAUAGCUGAAUUUAAAGAAAUUUUAGUAUAUAAUAAUAAAAAUUGGGGAGUUAGAUAUUAUUCGCAAGAACAACAAACUGCUGUAGUGUUAAUUGCACUGCCAACUACUGACUCAAAUAAAUCAGAAGCUAGUAGUUCUACCAUGAAAUG